GAAACGUGUAUCUCCGAGUCCGAGCUAUUAACCCUUUUGGAAAAUGCCGUUUAAACCCUAGCUUCCGUGGGGUUUAUCGUCUCUGUCUGAUUCUUCGCUCAUUUCUGUACAUCGAACCUUAAUUCUCCAUACCCAUAUCUCGAAUUUUGAGGUUCUUUGUGGGAGAGAGCCUGUCCUGUCGUAUCCAUCCAUGUCUGCUUCCAGAUUAUGCUCCGCUGCGGCGGUGGCUGCGGCCUUCACGUCAAUGUCAAUGUUUCAGAACCGCGCGUACGCUGACUCUCCCUUUCGCUUUCCCUUUUACUCUUCUUCCCCAUCGCCUUCGCCGUCGAAUUCUCCGGCGGAUCAAUCUUCUUCGAACUCUAAGCCGGAGGAAAAAUCGGAGCCGGACGAGCCGAAAGGAUCGGGCUUUGACGCGGAGUCCUUGGAGAGAGGCGCUAAAGCUCUUCGAGAGAUCAAUAGCUCUCCCCAUGCCAAGCUGGUUUUUGAUCUCAUGAGGAAGCAGGAGAAAACUCGAUUGGCUGAACUAGAUUCAGAGAAAGCUCAGUAUGAAGCUAUUCAGGCACAAGCUGACAUUGACAGACAGCGGAAAUUGGCUGAAGAACAGAGAAAUCUUGUGCAGCAACAGGCUCAGGCAAAAGCCCAAAUGCUUCGAUACGAGGAUGAGUUGUCCAGGAAGCGACAACAGACGGAUCAUGAAGCUCAGAGGAGACAUAAUGUUGAGCUGGUCAAGAUGCAAGAAGAGUCUUCCAUACGGAAAGAAAGAGCAAGAAUAGCCACAGAAGAGCAGAUUCAAGCACAACAGCGCCAGACUGAGAAAGAGAGAGCUGAAAUUGAGAGGGAAACUAUUCGUGUCAAGGCCUUGGCUGAGGCUGAAGGUCGGGCUCAUGAAGCCAAACUUACCGAGGAGCAAAAUAGAAGAAUGCUUUUGGAUAGGAUAAAUGGGGAAAGGGAGAAAUGGCUUGCAGCAAUUAACACAACUUUUAGUCACAUUGAAGGGGGCUUCAGGACCUUAUUAACUGAUAGGAACAAGCUAGUUAUGACUGUUGGAGGAGCUACAGCAUUAGCUGCCGGGGUUUACACGACUAGAGAAGGUGCACGAGUUACCUGGGGUUAUAUCAACCGAAUACUUGGGCAGCCAUCACUUAUCCGAGAAUCUUCCAUCGGUAAACUUCCAUGGUCAGGCACAAUGUCUCAACUGAAGAAUAAAAUCUCUAGAUAUAGCACAGCUGCAGGGGCAGCUGGAUCUGCUGAAGGGAAAAAACCCCUUGAAGACGUUGUUCUCCAUCCUUCAUUACAAAAGAGAAUCGAGCUUCUUGCUAGAGCUACUGCAAAUACCAAGAGCCAUCAAGCACCAUUCCGCAACAUGAUGUUUUAUGGGCCUCCUGGUACCGGUAAAACAAUGGUUGCUAGGGAGAUAGCUCGGAAAUCGGGUCUGGACUAUGCUAUGAUGACAGGAGGAGAUGUUGCUCCAUUGGGUGCACAGGCUGUUACCAAAAUCCAUCAGAUAUUUGAUUGGGCUAAGAAGUCAAAUAGAGGUUUGCUGCUUUUCAUAGACGAAGCUGAUGCUUUCCUAUGCGAGCGGAACAGCACGUAUAUGAGCGAGGCUCAACGUAGUGCACUGAACGCUCUGCUCUUCCGAACUGGUGAUCAGUCUCGAGACAUAGUCCUGGUCCUGGCCACAAACAGACCUGGAGAUCUCGACAGUGCAGUCACUGACAGGAUCGAUGAAGUGAUUGAAUUCCCACUUCCGGGCGAAGAAGAACGUUUCAAGCUUAUCAGGCUCUAUCUCCACAAAUACCUAUAUGGGCAAGACAAUGGCGACAAAGACUCAAAGCCCAUAUGGAGCCGCCAUCCAUUCAAGAAGAAGGCACAACGGAUAACCGUAAAGGAGGACCUUACCGACGAUGUGAUAAGAGAGGCAGCCAAGAAGACAGAGGGCUUCUCUGGUCGUGAGAUCGCAAAGCUCGUGGCCGGUGUACAGGCGGCGGUGUAUGGACGGCCGGAUUGUGUUUUGGAUUCACAGCUUUUCAGAGAGAUUGUGGAUUAUAAAGUUCACGAACACUACCAAAGGGUCAAACUUGCUGCUGAAGGCGGCCAACCUUUGCCGCAGCUCGGCUAGUCUCUUAUUAAGGUUUUCUUGGAUAAGAGGACGAGGAACAAGUAAUAGAUUUUUUUUUGGCUUCAUCCAUUUGGGUUAUUUGCCAAGUUGUUAAAUUUUUAUUUGAGUGAUUUUAUGAUACAUUUAGGUAUAGUCA